AUGGGAGUCGAGUUGUCAUUGGACCCACCCGUCUGUCCGAUUCAAGCGAAUGGAGGCACUUCCAAGCACAAGAUUAUCAAUCAUUGCGACAAGAUGUUGGCUUAUAAAGUCAAAUCGUCGAACAACUCCAACUACAGCGUCAACACUAUCUAUGGAUUGAUUCAAAUCGGCUACACCGUUGAUUUGAUUAUCACUAGAAAGCCCGGAAAACCGCAAGCCGAUCGUCUCGUCAUCCAAUUCGCCUCGGUCGAGCAGGAUUGUCGUGAUCCAAAGGCACCGUUCGCAACGGGACAACCGGUUGGGGAACUCUCUGGAGAGACCAUCAUCAAACUAUCGGCAGCAGAAUAA